AUGACUCAAAAUCAAGAAAUACAAAAAUCGGUGGAGAAUCUUACAUCACGCCACGACGAACUAUUACAAAAAAUUAGCGACCUUGAAGAAGACAAAGAUAAGCUCAAGCAACGUGUAUCUUCUCUCGAGUCUAAGCUAGAUCUCCUCGAGAAGUCCUCUUGUUGCACAAAGAUUGAAAUGCGUAACUUGCCAAAGCAAGAAAAUCAAACAAAGAAAAUCUUAAUUGGUUCUAUAUUGAGCCUUGGGUCGACGAUCGGUCUGGACAUGCCCGUAUCCGAGUCUGAAAUUAAGAACAUCUUUCGUUCUAAGAAUGAGGCUAUAAUAGUUGACUUUACUACCACUUCCAGAAAGGAAGAUAUUAUCACCAAAUAUAAAAAUUAUAACAGACUACAACGAGCAAACAAACAGCCCCUUUUAAAUACUGACAUCUUCAACCUGCCUGGAGCUCCGAAGACAAUAUACGUAUCUGAACUUUUUACUAGCAAAGCAAAACGACUAUCUUUUGUCGCACAGGAGUACGUCAGGGGAAAAAAACUUGUUGCUACCUGGACCUCAUAUGGGAAGGUGUACGUUAAAAAAGAAGAAGGAUCGGCCGCCUUCCGUAUAGAAGAAGAAUCGGACCUGCAUAAUCUUUUUUUGUGA